GAUGACGUUCCAUAGUGACGUUUGACUCUGGCAGCGUCGAUUCUCUUGCAAGGUAUUGACCAUGUUCCAUGUCCAGGGCCGACGAAAUUCCGUGUUUGUAAUUUUGUUUUAUUAAAACAUCAAAUAAAAUAAAACGCACAGGAGUCGAACGCGAAAGGCACCUGGGUGAGUGCUGAGCUGGGCUAGAAGGCGAGGCCAAAGCAGUCCCCUCCUCUUCCUCCGUGCCUUCUUCCUCUUCCCUUUCACUCGAGAGCCGCUGUUCUUGCCCGACCUCUGACCUGCCGCGCGGAAAAGAUGGGCGGCCUCGGCGACGAAGCGUCCAGCCAGCUGGUGGACAACCAGCACCGGGACGAGGAGCGGGCCCAGAACCAGGAGAACGAGCAGGGGCACCGGCUCGCCCAGGAGCCCGCCGCCAACAACGCCAAGUGGGUCAAGGAGGGCCAGAACCAGCUGCGCAAGGACCAGAACCGCAACCCCGACCACGGCCGGGACCCGGACUGCAACCCCAACCGCAACGGCGUGGAGCGGCGCCGCCCCGCGCGCGGCGAGAAGACCGCCUCCCACAAGGCCCUGCGGUUCCUCUGCUCCGACCUGGAGGCCAGGAACGCCGCCAACAAGACGCUGAUCAUCGACAACCUGGUGUCCCUGGAGGGCGAGGAGGACGAGGAGGAGGAGGAGGGGGAGGAGGAGGAGGAGGAAGACGAGGCCUUGCCCCUGGCGACGAGGGAGAAGGACACGGACUCGUCCUCCGAGACCCUGAGCACCGGGGAGUCGCGUAAGGAGGGCGGAGGAGGAGGUGGAGGAGGUGGAGGAGGAGGAGGAGGAGGAGGAGGUGGAGGAGGGAGGAGCGCCUGCCUGCUUUUCGGGAGCAGGAACGGGACGCUGAGCGACGAGGACUCCAGCUGGACCUCGCUGUCCCAGGACAGCACGGCGAACAGCACCCCCGACGGGGAGACAGAGACCUUCUGGGACCGCAGUGCGUUUGAGACCGACACGGACCUGCCUGCCGGGUGGAUGCGGGUUCGAGACACCUCGGGCACCUACUACUGGCACAUCCCCACCGGCACCACCCAGUGGGAGCCCCCCUCGCCCCUGGAGGGCGGGGCCCCCGAAAGGCCCUCCAGCGCAUCCUCGGGGACCGCCUCCAGCGAGGAGCCGCAGGAGGGGGACGUGGUGUCGGACCAGAGCCUGAAGGAGUUUGAGGGGGCCACCCUGCGCUACGCGUCCAUCAACCUCAGCUGUUCUCUGUCGGAGGAUGAGGAGAAGCAGAGCCCUUUCAGCGCUGACCUGGAGGCCAAGCAGUGCUUCGCCGUGCGCUCCCUGGGCUGGGUGGAGAUGUCCGAGGAGGAAAUGGCGCCGGGGAGGAGCAGCGUCGCCGUCAACAACUGCAUCCGCCAGCUGUCCUAUCACAAGCAGAACCUGCACGACUCUGCGGGCAUCUGGGGCGAGGGGAAGGACAUGUUGCUGGUUCUGGAGAAUGAGACCCUGAACCUGAUUGACCCGCUGGGCCAGACCCUGCUGCACUCCCAGCCCAUCGUGAACAUCCGCGUGUGGGGUGUGGGGCGCGACAACGGCAGAGAGAGGGACUUCGCCUACGUGGCGCGGGACAAGCUGACCCACGUGCUCAAGUGCCACGUCUUCCGCUGCGACUCGCCCGCCAAGAACAUCGCCACCAGCAUGCACGACAUCUGCUCCAAGAUUAUGACAGAGAGGAAGACGUCCAAGUCCUGCCUGAACAGGCUUAACAUUGACCCCUCCAAGCUGGUGGACAUUCCUGUGCAAGAGUUCCCAGCGCCAAAGAACGAACUGGUCCAGCGCUUCCACGUGCGUUACCUAGGCAACGUGCGGGUGACCAAACCCGUGGGCAUGGACACGGUUAAUGUUGCCCUGGAGACGGCCCUGACAGCCAAUGAGAUGCAGGCGUGGACGCCGGUCACCGUGAACGUGGCUUCGGCCACCCUCACCAUCCUCACCACCGAGACGGAGGAGGUGCUGUCGGAGUGCCGCGUGCGCUUCCUGUCCUUCAUGGGCGUGGGGAAGGACGUGCACACCUUCGCCUUCAUCAUGGCCGAGGGCCCGGGCGACUUCGUCUGCCACAUGUUCUGGUGCGAGCCCAACGCCGCCAGCCUGUCGGAGGCGGUGCAGGCCGCCUGCAUGCUGCGGUACCAGAAGUGUCUGGACGCCAGGCCCCCCAGCUCCAGCUCCUGCCUGCCCACCCCCCCGGCGGACUCUGUGGCCCGGCGCGUGGGCUCCAGCGUCAAGAAGGGCGUCCAGACGCUCCUGGGCAGCUUCAAGCAGAGGAUGUCCGUGGCCGAAUCGCCCUGAGGAGGAGGAGCAGCGCUCGCCUUCGCCUCCCCCGCCCCCCCCCCCC